AUGAAAGGUUUGAGAUUAGGCAAAGGAAUGAAGGGCCUAAAAAGAAAGUGUCCAUCUACUGGAGGUGGAGUCUCCAGUAGAACUAGAGGUAGAAAGGCGGUAUCAAAUGGGAAUGAGCCGGUUAGAGAAGAGAGUAAUCCAGUGAGAGGAACGACUGUAGUUUCGCUCUCACUUGAUACCGAAAGUGAAGGCAUAUCUGCUGUUUCCUCCAAGGAAAGGCAACCACCACAGCCCCUUGAAAUGUACUUCGAGAACACACAGUACCUGAAGACUUGCAAGAUUCAGACCAAGUGCCGUGUGAAGAAGAUAGUUGAUGUGAUUAACGAACUUAAGGAAGAGGUCGGCUGGUUCACAAGCCAUCCUCAGUUUUGUCAUUUCUUCCACAUGCCUGAUGAAGAAUUCCUGAAGCUCCAAGGAAUGUGGAUGUUACUGCUGCACACCAUUCGUAUUGAAGGAGAAGAUGCUGCAUGGUUUGCGGUGAAUGGUGUGCCCAUCCGCUACUCUAUGAGGGAGCAUGCCCUCAUCUCUGGCUUGGACUGCCAUGAGUAUCCGAGUGGACAUUUGAAGCUCGGGGUCACCAUAGAAGAUGUGAAGCAAAAGCUGCAAUCUAUGGGGACGGCAUGUAAUGAUAGAUUGAAGAUGGCUGUCGUGUUCUUCCUUGGUCGGGUUAUCAGAGGAACGACGAAGGAUUCUGCACCAUUAGACCCGUUCAUCUUAAGGAUAGUGGACGAUUUGGAUGUUUGCAGAAACUUUCCUUGGGGUCGUCUAACAUUUGAGGAUGCAAUAAAGGAGAUUAAGCAUGUAAUGGAGCUUCUGAAGGGUGAAGUGCACCAUGCAACCGGCUUUAAUGGAUUCAUAAUUCCAUUAGAGGUUUUGGUUUUUGAGUGUAUUCCUAAGCUGGGGAAAAAAUUUCGAAUCUCUUCAGACGGCGCCAGUGGAGAUUGUCCUAGGAUGUGCAAGAGUCAGUUUACAAAGAGUAGCAUGAAGGGUUAUCCUUUGGAAGAUAUAUAUGAUGCGGUUGGAAAGACAAAGGUUAUUAACAGUGUGUUGGUUCCAACAGUGGAUGAGGAAACUUUGCUGGCUCGUAUCAUUGAUCUGGAGCCAGAGUAUCACCGUGAGGGUAGCACAAGUGAUAGGUGGAACUACUGGCUAAAUGUGAAGCAGAAGAAGAUUUGGUGGAAAGAACUUUAUGAGUCAGAUGUUGCUGCACGAAAGUUUACAAAGACGGAAGACAAAGAAAAGGUGACGAUUGUAGAAGGUUCAUCUUCUAAUUCUGGUUUGGAGUCGAUGUUGAAAGGUGUGGAAGAGAGGAUUGUGAAGGCCAUGGAAGAAGGAUUUUCUGGAAUUAAUUUAACGGUAGAGACAAAGCUGGAGGCUAUGAACUGGACGAUGGGUAAACCUGAGAAGAACCGGCGAGUUUUGAAGAAAAAGGCUAAGAAAAUAGAAGACUGGUUGACUUCUAUUGAAAUCAAGGGAAAUGAGGAUGAGGAAUAUAGACAGUGGAAUGAUUUUGAUUAUGGUAGAGAUCAUGGGAAGGAUAGAGAGAUGGCUGAGGCAGAGAAGGAUAAAGAGAAUGCUGAGACAUGGAAGAAAAACAGUGAGAAGGGUGAGGAAGACGAGGAAAACAGUGGGAAAGAUGAGGAACGAGGAAAAGAGUGA